CAUUUCCUUGUUGAGUUGCAAAUUUUGUAGGUGUAACUACUUUGACAUUUUCAAUUUGUUAAUCGUCUCCUUAUCAACAUCUAUUGUUGUAUGCAUGUCUACCAUAUAGGUGUUGAUCUCAUUCAAGGAUGGAAUAAGAAAGUUCCCAAUGUUUCCCAAGAAGGUUAUGGCUCUACAACUGUCUUGCCUGAACAAGGCAUUUAUCUAGCAGCACCUUUAUACCGGCACAUUCAUCAGGCUUUGGCCAACAUGAAAUCAAUCAACUUGUUUGGAGUUCAGCAGAUAUGUUGGAAUUCAAUUACUCUAGGACAGGCCCUUGCAGUUAUCCCUUCAAUUGACAGUGAAGCUGUACAACAGAGACUUGAUCAUGUUUGAACCUAUUAUGAACUGUUAAAUAUGCCAUUUGAGGCAAGCUAUUGGAAUUCAUAGUCCAUUUUGUUGUUGGUGAAUAAAAUUUUUUGCCAUUCCAAUUGAUUUCUACUUUCCUUUAUUCAAGGCCUUCAUUACCGAGCACGAGCACUUGUUAACAGCUGCAGCGUAUGCUAAUCUUCUAAAAGUCCAAGUCCCUGGAAGAGAGAUACCCCUCCUGAUGCACAAGAUCAAAUAUCAGAGAUUUUAUCACGUUAGCAAUCGAAUUAUAUCUCCCAAACCAUAUGAUUUUUGCUCACAUGGUUAAUUUCUGGUCUCCCUAUCAGUACAGCAGAGUCUAUCAGUCUUUUCCUUUGAAGUUAUCGUCCGUCAUGCUCCAACUACGGGUAUUUUUUUGUUGAAUGCCAAAGAUACGAGGUUUGUUUUAUUGCAUUCGUAAUUAUAAUUUGCUCUUUGUGUAGUAUCAAUUUUGUGAGCUGCGUGUUUCUCCAUUUUUCUUCAUUGCUUUUGAUUAGU